UGCUUUUGGUGAAUUGGUUGAAUCAACAGCACUGUCGUGUAGAGAGUAUCCAGAGAGAUAAAAGGUGUUGAAAUCAAAUUCAACUAAUCCAGCCAAUGGCUAGCCACGGUACCAAGAGAAAAUUGAAUGAACCAAAUGGUACAAGUGUUAACUGUACACAGAUAAAGAUGAAAACUGAAAACACCAUAGUUGAGCAAGCAACCGAGAUCAUGGCAUUGGUGAAAAAAAAAGUUCAAGCCAUGAAGAAUGCAGAUGAAACCAAAACUGAGCUACAAAAUUACAUCGAAGAAGCUAUUUCCAGGAUGAAUAAAAACAGCAGAACAAAGAAAACCAUUGGGAUUUUGGGAGAGUCAGGACAAGGAAAGAGCUCACUGUUAAAUGCAAUCCUGGAAAAACAGUAUCUGCUGCCAUCUGGUUGUUAUGGUGCCUGUACAGCCGUUAUAACUCAAAUUGAAGCAAAUCUGAUUGACACCAACUACAAAGCUGAGAUUGAGCUCAUCUCUAAAGAGGAGUGGGAGAGUCACCUCGAAAUUCUUCUUGGUGCUUUGAGCACUGAUAGCGAAGAAAUGAAUGAUAGCUUCAUUGAGGAUGCUAAAGAAAAAAUCACUGCGCUGUAUGGAGUCAAUGCAGAAAAGAAAUCAUUCGAGGAACUCAAGAAUGAUGACAAGUUCGCUGAAAUUACCAAAGAUUUCUUCUCCAGUAAUGCUGCUGAGUUUGCCAAAAAACUAAGGCGAUACACCCAAUACAAUCAAUCAAAUCCUGGUGGCUGGUACUGGCCACUUGUGAAAAGUGUGACAGUCAAGAUCCCAAACUGUCAUGAACUUCUGGAACACAUUGUGCUUGUGGAUCUACCUGGGACUGGAGACUACAAUAAGAUUAGGAAUGACCUGUGGAAAUCUAAACUCAGAGACUGCUCUUCAGUGUGGAUUUUAAGUGAUAUCAGUCGUGCUACCACUAAAAAAGAUACCUGGGAAAUGUUAAAGUAUUGCACUAAAGACAUGAUGGAAGCUGGAGAAUGCAGAGACAUUCACUUCAUCUGCACCAAGAGUGACAACAUUGAGCCAGUAGAAUACAUGAGUGAUCUGGAAGACGAAAUGACAGAAGAUGAGGAUCUGAAAUUGAAAUGCAUACUACACAGAAACAAAACGGCUAAGGAAACGGUGUUAAAAACCUUUCAAAAUUCAAAAAUCAAGAAAGAGAUGGAUCUAAAGGUUUUCACUGUAAGUUCCAAGGCCUUUUUUGAUCAGAGUUUACGCCUAAACCAAGAUGAAACAGAAAUCCCAAUGCUGCAAGGCGUUCUGAAGAAUAUAAACAAGAGAAUUAACCAAGAAAUGGCUAGAGGUUGUGUCACUGAGGCAAAGGCAGUUAUGUCCUUGAUCCAAAGCAAAAGAAUGGCCAAGACAGAAGUCCACAAGGUUUUGGAGAGGAGUCUAGAGAAUGCAUUGGAGAAGUUGGGCUGUCAUUUUGACAUGCUCUGUAGUUUGCUCUCGCAAACUCUCUCAAAUGGAGUCGAACAAUCCAAGAUGUCAUGUCGUGAUAGCGUAGAAGAGCAAAUAUCACCUGUUCUGCCACAAGGUAACAGGGGCUUUCACAAAAUUCUCCAUGCACUGUGCAAAAAUGAUGGACACUACAGAUCAAAAGCAUGGAAACAGACUUUCAAUCUAAAUGAGUGCCUGAGCAGUCACAUGUAUGAAGAUUUUGACCACGGGUUCAACUUAAUCUUUUCUGUCAAUGCCAAAACCGGGAUAUCCAUGCAUGAAUUGAUUGAUGCGUUUAGUAUCGUUACGUGUGGCGCUGUUCUCUCUGCAUCCUCCAUGCCAAACUAUGUUGAGGACUUCAUCAAAGCACAGGAAGACAAGCUGAAAAAAACCCUCAAAGGAAUUAUUGUUGACAGAAAGAAGAACAUCUACACUUCAAUCCAAAAAACAAUCAAGAGUGCAAUGGCGUCUAGCUAUAAUGAAGCAGCACAGUACAGAGGAGAAGGAUCCCUAAUAAGGAAGCAGCAAAAGCUACUGAAUGACAUUGAAGCAUUAAAACUUUCCAUGUUUGAGGAUGCAAAAAAUGAAGUGCUUCGGCAGUCAAAAGAAUUAAUGGGCGAAAUAAAGCAAAGCCUUAAACAAGAUCUAAAUAAAUCAAUCCAGCACUCAUUUGCAACACAGCAAAUCACCCUUUUUGAUGUCUCAAGCGAGAUUAAAGAGCUGGAAAGACUGUCAGUGCGACUGUCUGACUGAACACAUCCGAGAAGAGACAAAGUAACAUUGUCGUUAAUAUCUUCAUUACUACAGAAUAGUUUGUUUUUUUCUCUGUAUUUUUCAUUGUUCGUUUUACUUCUCAUUUCAGUAUAUUAAUAUUUCUCAAUUAAGUAAAAUAGUAAUCUUUUUCUUCUUUCAGUUUAAUGUUAACCUUUUUAUAAAUAUAUUGUCCUAUUUGUGGGAAGAUUUUGGGUAAUGCAGUACAGAUGAUUUUAACCCUGAAACCAUACUCGAACACAAUUAAUUGAUAGUUUUCACAUGACAUUAUACCAUUAGGAGAACGCUCAGCUGGCAGGCAAAACAAUCAAAGCUGGUCCACAUUAGCUCACGAUUGAUUAUCCAAUCAGAUGAUUCCUAACUCACUAUAAAUAACCAGAGUUUUCUUAUCUCAAUAUCUUCGUCUUGAAGAAUCUUGACGUAGCACUGUUGCCGCACCGGAAUGUCUCCGGUUAAAGUCCCUUCAAACCAAUUGACAUUUCUGUGCGGAGUUUGCUCGUUCUCUCUGUGCUUGUGUUGGUUAUCCCUGGGUUCUCCAGUUUACUCCCACAGUUUUAACCAAUUUAACCAAAUUGAUACCAUAGCCAAGCUCUUAGCAAGUACGCCUCUCCUCAGCCAACCUACAUCUGUCAUUAGCCAGAAAUAAGCCAGGGGGAUUUAUCGAUAUCUGAGCUCUAACUCCCCUCUCACCCUGCAAAUUGGUGGGAGCCCAGGGCUCGAGGAUUUCGUAAGCUCAGAGCUCUCUCCCGGGACAGCAUGCCAAACAAGCAAUCAUGCCAUAUUAUCAGUCAUGACCUAAGUGUGAACUCUGGAAAUUCCUACAUAGAAAAAACAAACUGAAAAGAGAAAUUUAUGGAUUCGUGUCUAAUGGUAGCAUUAUUGACCCAUAACAAUCUAUGACACUUAUGUCUUAUAAGUAUGUUUGUAUGCUUUUUAUACAGUUUCUAGUUUAAUUUAUAUGUCCUAUAAGUAUGUUUGUAUGCUUUUUAUACAGUUUUUAGUUUAAUUUGCAGGUUAAGUGCAUUUAAAGUAUCAACUGAAAUGCAAAGGCAAAGUUUUAAUAGCAGAAGUGAAUGAGUAGAUUUUCCAUGCCAGCAAAUAUUAAUCUAACUAAGCCAAAGAAACCGACAGCAAAUAUAAAAGCAGAUUAAGUCACUGAGGAAUAUGCACAAGAUUGAUGAAAACAUCACAGAAUAUGAGCUCUAACUGGGACAUGAUGGUUUCCAAUGACUGAAAAAUGGCUGUGGGUGCAGUAUAUGGAUCGCAAGUGCCCAAAAUGUACAGUUUGUGAUCACAUCUCUGUUUUGUGCUGUUUAUAUGUGAUCCAAAUAUUUGAAGCUUGAAACAGAUGACAAUAUGUCGGUUUGUGCUGUAUUUCUAUGGAGAUUUCAGUGUGGAUGCUAAUAAAGCCAAUUGUUUUUCUUGCCCGCUUGGUCUCUGCACAGGUCACGUGACUGAAAACUAUCAAUUGAUGUCAGGUGUACUUUUUCUGACUUUUUAAAAAAUGAAUUAAAAAGAGUCCAUGUACAGUUUGAAGGUAAAGCAUUGUUGUUGUAGUGAAUGGCUGGAAAUUAAACAAGGUAAAGUGUAAACAAGGUAAAAAAUUGAUAUGAUUAAAAGGGCAGAUCUGUUCAUUUAGACUUGCUUGUUUAUUGCCCCCUUUACAAAAUAUGUACUUUUUGGUUAACCUAAGUUUGUUAAUUCAGAUAUUGAUUGUAAAUGUUUUUCUUG